UUAAAAUGCCAAAGGUGAAAGACAAGGCAAAGGAAUAUCCAACCGUGAAGGACCUGCAGAAUGUUUUGGACUCUUGUAAGCUACACCUCGGCCAAAUCGAUGAAGUAUGGCCGAACAUAUACAUAGGAAAUUUAGUGAAGGCAGAGCAAGGAUAACAUCAAUAUAUGCCCAAAGGCGUCAACAACAUGGCAAGCUCUGAUAUCCAAGUGAGCCGGUAUGAGACCCCAACAGCUUCUGAACUGCACAGACUGAUGUGGACAAAGAAAGGGAGCAACAACCAUAUGGACGAAGUUUACCCCGGGAUCUAUAUUGGAGACAUGUAUGCAGCUAAAGACAAGAAGACACUCCAGGCUCACCACAUCACUCAUGUGCUAAAUGCUGCUGAUGGAAAAUUCAAUGUCAAUACAGGACCCAGUUUUUACAGGGACACCACCAUCACUUAUUAUGGAGUGGAAGCUUUUGACAUGUCGUCCUUUGACUUGAGUCCCUUCUUUUACCCAGCGGCCAAUUUUAUUAAGAAUGCUCUAAGUCUGCCAACAGGCAAGGUUAUUGUCCACUGCGCAAUGGGGCUGAGCCGCUCCUCUUCCUUGGUUCUGGCAUACCUGAUGAUACACAAGAACAUGACUCUGGUGGACGCCAUCAAAGCAGUCAGCGCCAACAGGAAUGUUUCACCCAAUGAGGGAUUCUUGGAGCAGCUCCGAAGUCUGGACAAAAAGCUGCACUGCCAUUAACCAGCUGCAGCAUCAACAAGUUGCAGUAAUUACGCUUAAUUAUAUGAUUGCCUCCUGCUAAUAUCUAUGUUUAAAUCUGUUAUUAUAAUAAAUA